UCUCUCCUCACGGCAUUCCAUAGCUGACGCUGAGAGGAAUGAGAGAUGCUACGGAAAUGUUUCCCUCACCUUCCAUAAACACCAGCAAACCGCAAAAUGUGACUGAAACAUCCUAAACGAAGAGCGUCGAGCAGGUAACGAAGCUGUUGAGAAUAAAACGGCUCUGGUUUGACGUCGACUUGGAUUUUAAUUCGCUUUAGCGGUCAGUCAGUUUGAGGCGCGAUGGCCCUCAAACAAACGGACGAGUGCAAAUAAUUCACGUCAGUGAAUAAACACGGAUGAUGCCUGUGAACCAGGAUGGCUAGAUAUCACCACAACGUUUACAGUAGCUCAGAUGGCACACUUUUUGGAUAGUGAAGUGUUGAAGUAAACCUUCAGCAAACUGGAUCUGUCAACAUCCUAAUUCUCCAAAGAAACCUUUGAAGACGGACCUCACCUUUGACCUGCUUUAACAAACAGAGGGAAAAUGUGGGCCGCAUCAUAUCUACCCUAAAUAUUUACAGUCAUUAAACCGUGAACUCAUCAACCUGUGACUGUUUAAAAGUAACUGAUUUUCAGUUAUCUUGGACUGUUUAAGAGCUUUAGAUCAAGAUGUUUACUGCCCUGAAGAAGCUGGUGGGCUCUGAAGCUGUACAGCUGAGGGAUAGAAAUAUUCCCGCAGGCCUGCAGUCCAUGAAUCAGAGUCUACAGAGACGCUUUGCCAAGGGCGUACAAUACAACAUGAAAAUAGUCAUCCGUGGAGACAGGAACACGGGUAAAAGCGCACUUUGGUACCGGCUUCAAGGGAAGAAGUUUUUAGAGGAGUACAUUCCCACCCAGGAGAUCCAGGUCACCAGCAUUCACUGGAACUACAAAACAACAGAUGAUGUAGUGAAGGUUGAAGUCUGGGACGUGGUUGAUAAAGGUCAAAAACUUCCUCUUCCAGAGGGUGUAGGGAAAGGAAAACGGCGCGGAGAAAAUCUGAAACUGGAAAAUGAACCUCAGGAGUCAGAAACAGACAUGGCCCUUGAUGCAGAGUUCCUGGACGUCUACAAGAACUGUAACGGUGUCAUCCUGAUGUUCGACAUCACCAAACAGUGGACGUUCAACUACAUCCUUAGGGAACUGCCAAAAGUGCCGACACACAUCCCAGUGUGUGUAUUGGGAAACCAGCGGGACAUGGGCGAGCACAGGGUCAUCUUACCCGACGACAUCAGAGACUUCAUCAACAAUCUGAACAGACCUCCAGGCUCCUCCUACAUCCACUAUGCCGAAUCCUCCAUGAAGAAUGGCUUUGGACUCAAAUACCUUCAUCGUUUCUUCAAUAUACCCUUCCUGCAGCUUCAGAGAGAAACUCUGUUACGGCAGUUGGAGACAAAUCAACUCGACAUCGAUGCCAUGUUGGAGGAGCUCAGCGUUCAGCAAGAGACGGAAGACCAGAACUAUGACAUAUUUCAGGAGAUGAUGGAGACCCGUAAAGCUUAUGGCUCUCCGGCGCCCUCUAAUGGCCAGAGCCCAUCCUCAGGCUCACAGUCACCCGUGGUGCUGCCCGGGGCCGCCUCACCUAGUAACUCCAGCCCCAGUACCCCACAGGCCCCUCCCCCUGGCCCGACCCAGUCUCCGCCCCCUCCACCUAUACCCCACCCCGCUGCCCAGACAACAGCCGCCCACGUACCCCUGACCCAGGCACCGUCACAAACCCAGGAGCCUCCGGCACCGAUGCCCUCUACAGCUCAACCAGCACCUCCUCCUGCCCAGAAACGAGGCUUCAUCUCACGCCUGUUCGGAUCCGCCGCUGCAGAGACUUCACCAGACAAAUCAGACACCGUGGUUUCUGACAGCCCCAAGCCUUAUGGAAACGUCGACAACUUUGUGCCGGAGGUCGGCUUGGACCGGGGCUUUCUGGAAGAUGGUGGAACAGCAGCAAAGUCGGCAGUUAAAUCAAAGAACAAACGUACAGAACGAGCUCCAAUCCUGGACAGUGACAGUGAUGCAGAGGGACGGGGAAAUCCUCUGGUUUCAGGUUUCCAGGACGAUUUAGAUCCGGAUGACAGAGUGCUGUGUCAGCCGGCCGUUAAAGCUGCCGUCCCGAGCAUGGGCGUCACCCUCACAAGUGAUGAAGAGGAGGACUGUUCAUCUCUACCCUCGGCUUUCCAAAACAAAGACAUCAUACUGAACACAAAGGGAUCUUCAGUGAACUCGGUCAGACAGCAGCAAUCCCGGUCGAAAGCAGUCGAAAGACCCCAAAGCCUAGGAUCUGUGGUGCAGCGACAAGGUCGGAAGACAGGGGGUGCUGUUGAGACUGAAUCAGAUUCGGAUCAUGAUGCUCCAGUCGCUCAACAGAUGCUGUCAUUUGUCAUGGAUGAACCAGACUUUGAAAGCGAAGAGCUGGAUGUACCCAAGAUCAAGAAGGAGGCCUAUUCAUCUCGCAAUGAAUUUGAUGGGUUUAAUGAUGGUUUCGUGUUAACUGGGCUUCCAGAGCCUCCCAAACCUGACGCCCCCUCCUUCAAGAAUGACAUUGACCUCUUUGGUCUGGGGUUUGAAGAUACGACUUGUAAGAGUAAAGACAGCAGCGACGACCCAGACGACAAUGAGAGCAGGCACUCGAAGGACAAGAAGAAGAAGAAAAAGAAAAGCAAAGAGGAGGAUGAAAAAAGCAGCAAAAAACGACACAAACACAAGAAAAAGGAAAAAGAAGAAUCUGGAACAGGGGACGAGAAAGAAAAGAGGAAGAAGAAAUCAAAGAGCAAGAAAUCUGGACCUGUGGAUGAUCUAGAGGCCUUCCUGGCUGGGGAGGGGCCAGUAAACACUGAGGGCGGAGACUACGAGGAACUAUAGAGCUCCAUCUAACCAAUCAGGGUUUGACAUCAAACUGACUGUGUGCCGUCAUCAGGUCAUGAUCCGAUUCACUCCACAUCUGUUUUGCAGUGCCUAACCUCUUGAUUUUUGACAACAGUUCGUUCUUCCGGCUUCAUAUUUUAGGUGGAGAUUUCUGGAGUUGUCACAUAGGUUUACUUUAUCCCAGUUUCCAAAAUGAACAUCAGUAUUUUAAGUCCGUUAGAUGGGUUGUUAUUGACAGACAGAUUUCACUUGCUGCUUUAGAUUCUCCAGAUUUGAUUCCGUUAUUAUCUCCUAAAACAAUCACCUUACACAGAAACCAAAAUGUGUCACGAACACUUGAUGAGGUUGAACACAGUUUAGCUUUAUUAGUUUUGCGUGUGUGUGUUUGUGUCUUUGUCAGUUUAUGUGUACGUACUGUAUGUGUUACGUGUGUUUGCCUGCAUGGACAAUUGUAUAUUUUCAUUUUAGAAAUGUGUAGAGCGGAUAUUCACAAAUAUUCCACAAAUUAGGCCUCUUUCAUAAGACUCGGUGUGACUCAGUUCUUUGUAAAAUCAUUCUUUAAUGUAAAUUGUUGUGUUUAAGGAAAUAAGAAUCGUUUGGUUUUCAAAAGGAAUAUUACGUUAAUGUUCAGUGCAACUAUUUAUGUCAGAAAGGGUUUACUCGUAAAUAUGUUCAACUUUCAAGAACAACGUACGACCGUUGAAUUUCCGUGUCUCAUAAAUGAAGCAUGACGCUCACUGUCUUCCAGACGUUUCUGAAUGUCCUUGUACAUUAGGCUGUCAAAUGACUGUAUUACAUAAUUGUAUUUCAUUUUAAGUUUAAUUAGCUGUUUUCAGUUUGUUUAAAAAUGCCUUAAAUAUUUUAAGUGAAUUCAAAUGAAAGCCUUUUGUCCGCUUACAUACUUCUAAUAGUUUUACUACAGGCUGAAUAAAUGCACUGCAGUAAUUGAAAUCGGAUCUUUUAUUUUGGAUAAUAAAUCCAUUUCUUUUAGAUCGUUUAUAAAACAGCAAGCACUGUCAUUCAGAUUUCCUUUUUCAUUUGUAUUAAGGCAGAUAGUCAAAUUAUAAUUCAUGACUAUUAUAAUUUCACAAACAAAAAAGUUUUUUUUAACGUUAAAACAAAGUUUCAUAUUUAUAGUUUGUGAUAAAACAUUACAAAGAGUUGGUCAAUACGUCAGUUUUUCCCGUUUCAAAAACGAGACUCAAUGUUUACUUGGGACACUGCAGGCAUGACUUUUUAUGUUUCAUCAAAUAACCAAAUCAUUUCAAUUGUUUUGCACCUUCGUGAGUGAAAUGUGUUAUUUGAAAUGGUUUAAAUCUGAAAUCUGUUGUUUGUUUUCCUCGAUUAGGCACUGCACAUUAUUGAGAUAACGUAAUGAAGAAUGUACUUUCUGCCUCCUAAGAGAAAGACUUUAUUGAAGGGUGCUGUGAUAUAGAUCCCUUCAUCCUGGAAUCGUGGAAGAUGUUUGAACUUCUGAUUGUUUUGGCCCAACGUGUCCAUCCGGCCAUGGAUUUACUCUACAUUCCCUCAGGCAUGGAUACGCUUCCACCCUGACAACUGAAUGUUUAUACCCGCUCGUGAAGAUGUUAUCCCAGAAUCCUCAAGAGUGUGUCAACUUAGCAGACCCCUAGAUUCAUUCCCACGUGUCUUCAUCGAUCAUCACGUGCACCCCUUCGUUGCAAAUCAAGUGUGCUGUCAUCAUGUCAGUUCAUCCCCACACGUGCCGCCGAGAGCAUGUGAUGCAUCGCAGCGUCGCUAUGGAAACACACGCCUGGGAGAAUUGUCUCACUGUGAUAAAUAGUCACGCUCUCCUGGAUAAACAAGACUCCACUACUCCCACCCCAAACCGGCACAGGGCCACAACCUCGAACACAUAUCAUCAUCUUUAUUGACUCCUAAGGGCCCUUGGUUUAUUUAUUUGAUCUCUGUACAAGAAAGGGAGACGGGCAGAGAGCGUGUUGGUGCUGACUGGCUGUGGAACUGCAUGCGAUUACAAACAGCGUUACACAGCGUCUGCUUUUAUAGACCUCUUCAGAAUGACUGAAGAAGUGUUUGUAGGAACGCUGCUUUUAAACCUUACUGUUUGGUUUUUAUUUAUCCAGCAUAUACAUUCCAAAGCCUUUGUGUUUAUUUAGCCGUUCGUGGUUGUGGAAAAGGUUGCCUAUUUAUUUUUGGUUACCCUGUUUCACUACCCAGUUUUCAUGUUUCAUUUACGUGUUUCAAUUGUGUAAUAAAUGCAAGAAUAUUUGACAAGGGUUGAAGAGUCCAAAAACUUUCAGCUUGUGUGUCUUGUUUUUAUGAAAUGCACGUUGAAUGUUUCGGCUCCAAGGUGGCGAAUCGUUUCACCCCAAACAUAAACAAAAAUGAAUGUAGCAUUAUUAUGAUUUAUUUGCAGUGUGACAUUUCCGUGACGCUUACAUUCAUUCAUUCAUCUUCAACGCUGUGCUUUUAACCACACUGCUAGCAAGGUUUUGUCUUUCUGUUUGGACAUGCAGAUCUUUCUCAUCACCACUGGAGGGAGCAGUGAAGUGCAGUGAUGUCACACAGGUCUCAGGUGAGAUGAGCCUGACUGUUUACUGUUGCUAAGCAACAAUGCAACUAAUGGCAUCAAUAUAUAGUUUAAUUGGUGUACACGGAAGUUGAAUACUUGUAACAUUUGGAAGUGUUGUGUUGGCUUGAUGUUGAACAAAUGGUGGUUUGUCUGAUGUGUAUGUCUGUUACAGAAUGUCGUACGGAUCCAAGCGAGGGAUGAAAGUUUUGUCAGUCGGUUUAUUCUGGUGAGUCCACACAGUUUAUGUGAUGUCAAGCUUGCCCAGCUGUCCAUCUGCCUAAGCACCCGUUUCAUUCUAACAACACUGGCCCUUUAAAUAUGUAAAUGUGUGUGCACCUCCAGGCAGGGGCGGGGUGGGUUGUGUAGGUUGUGGAGUGAGGCAGAUGGUCAUGUCAGUUCUGGCACUUUGUUGUGUCUUGACUGGCCAUGUGCAACACACAUCUGCCUGACCACACACACACACACACACGUGUUGACUCACAGCGCCUCCAUGACAACCAGACCAGCACGGCCCCAUCAAGACUCAGACAAAAAUAACCUGCAUCACACACGCACACACUGUUCGGCAGCACGAUCCACAGAAUCUGGAGUCUGGUGCGGCUGUCAAGAGAAAGCGUGGCAUUAUUUCAAUGUCAACUUGAUUUUAAAACAUCACUUUUGAAUAUCAGAAAAGUUGCAUCAGCUCUUCAUGCAUUGUGUCCACUAUAUUCUCUUAAAAAAAGGUGUUUGUCAUUUUGUGUUGUGUUGGCGUUUGCCAUGGUUCUGUUUCUUAAGGUCUUUGCGCAUACGGUCCGAAAUCUUCGUAUGCGUUUUUCAUAUUUGGCGCUCGUUUGUACGGUGUCUUUCUCAAAAUGCUCAAAAUGAUUUUUUUAUGACGGAGGAAAAUAUCAGAGGCAGUCUGUAAAUGUGAUUGAUCGUAUUUAUUUUUUAACGUGUGGAAAUUUCGGGCGCAAUGUGCGAUGGCCUUAAGUGUUUCAGGAUUGAUUCCUAGUAGUGAUGAUGAAGGAUUUGAGUAAUUGUGCGGCGGCCUCGACUGCUUCACUGAGAUUUUUGAAUGAGAAAAUGAAAGCUAAUUUUACUUCUAGGAAAUAAACGAGUGUUCAGUAAUGAUCAUUUAGUGCCGUUUAUCAUCUGUUUGUUUGUUCUUAGUCAGCAGAUGAAACUGUCAUGUGAAGGGCUGAGCUGUCCUGCCUGUGGGCUGCUUUUCUCUCUGAAUGUCUAUUUAAAGUCACAUGACUCUUUGCUAAAAUACUCUACAUUACCAUAUAAGUAUGCAUCUGUCUCUCAGUUGCUCUCUCACUCGCUUAUUCUCACUCUUCCUUACUCUGCAUCUCUGUCUCGUUCUUACUAACUCACACUCUUUCUCUUUCCUCCUCUCACUUUCCCUUUCUCUUCCUGCCACUGCCUCUCUUUCCUCUCUGCCUCUCACUCACUCGCUUCCUCUCCUUUGCCUCUUACUCACUCUCUUCUCUGCCUCUCUCUCCCUUUUAUGCACACACUCACUCAUUUCCCUCACUUCCUCCUUCCUUCUGUCUUACUCGCUCUCUUACUCUUUCUUUCUCUCUCUCUCUUUCUCUUUGAAUUUCUAUGGUCAUUUCUUUCUAUUCAAACAACUGGCUUAUCGAGAACAAUAUGUGGGCUUGGAAAGUAAAGGAAAAGGAAAUUAAACCUGCAGACUGCAGGUCUGCAGACGUGGAGGGAGAGAGAGAGAUUUGCACUUUGAAAAACAGAAUAAUGUGCCUAUGAAUCAUGCACAGUGACACCAGCGUUGUGCAUUAAAUAAGUAGCGUUUGAUUUCACGUUGCAGGGAACUCGACAGUAAAGUUUUGUGAUUGAUGUUUUUUGAGGCAUUUAUUUGAAAACUCUGCGUCUGUUAGUUGACCUACAGUAAUCUGUGUCAUUAGGUAGGAUGAUGUUUAUGAUCCUCCAGGGCCAAGAAUUGAGUGAGAAUUGAUUUUCUUUAGUUAGUAUGGCAUUAAAAAUAACACUUUGUCACAUCACAUUGGGCAUAAUAUUUAUCUGUGUGCAUGUUUAUAAAGAGAUUAAAUCAAAAGAAUGGCUUGAAUGGAAAAGCCACAGAUUUGAGUCAUCGUAGGUUAAUUUAAAAGUCCAGUGUGUCAUUUUUUGGGCGAUCUGUUGAAAGAAAUGCAAUAUGCAUAACUAUGAAGUGUUUUGUUUUUAUCCUUUACAUUUAUGCAUUUGGCAGACGCUUUUAUCCAAAGCGACUUACAUUGCAUUAUACUAUACAUUUGUUUCUAAGUGUUAUCUUAGAAUGAGCUAUUUCUAUCUACAUACACUUAAUCUGGUCCCCUUACAAGGAAUUCGACAUGUUGUUUCUACAGUAGCCCUAAAUGGACAAACUGCUCUACAGAACGCGUUUUCUUAAAUACCUGAUCUCCUUCAGCCAAGAAGAGAAAACGUGACACCAUGUUUGUCACCGUGGUGCUUGGAAAGGGAGGGGCGGAGUGAGCCGUUGGUUGCAAUUCGCAACCUCACCGCUAGAUGCCGCUAAAAUCUCCACAUUGCUCCUUCAACCCUAAAGUGAUGUUGGGGACAAAAAACUUUUCAAAAUUCGUGUUCUGAUAACUUUUUUUCUCUUAAUCUGAUCGGUACAAAACUCGGCUUCUUUUCCCAAGUUUGCCACCUAAGCAUACCCAAAAAAGUUGGACUUCAUUCCACAAUUUUAAGUUGGUGAAAAUAAAAAACUCCUUAAUGAGCUGUUAGUGCCCAUUUGUGGGCACCCAUAGGAAAUGAAUGGGAAAUGACUAAAAUUCAGAGCAAUUGUUUUUUAUUUGUUCAAUAACCAUCCAUAAAUCCAACACAAUGUAGAUCAUACAUACACAUAAACGAAGGGGUGAGCCUAUACAACAUCCCCACGGUGACCAACAUUCACACAAACGCACACACACACACACAACCACGCACACACAACCACAAACAAAGAACUGAAAUAGCCUAUAACAGAGAGCUUUUUUAUUAUUUUGUUAUUAUUUAUUAUUUGUUUUUAUUAUUUAUUUUAUUAAUUUUGUAGCAGCACAAUGGCAAAGAGGUUUACUGUAGCAGAGACUCUGGAUCUCUAACUUGAAAUUUGAUAUUUGUUGCUGCAAAUAAGUGAUUACUUUCUCCUACUUUGCAUUUUCCUUAUAACACGGUUAGAUUUGUCUGUAAGCAUAUUAUGGCAUCGUAUCCAACCAUUUUUUUUCAAUUCAACAAUUUUAACUUGUAUGAAAAUCUAGAAUUUAAGACGUUAAUUUUGUUACAUCAUUGGUUUAUAGAUUUUAGCCUAUGCAACCUGUGAGUAGUACUGCCAUUGAAAUUACAUGUAAUCGCUAUUUUUAUUAAAUCAGAUGUCAAUAAAAAACUAAAGUGGGACAUAUUUCCUGUGGCUCAGUGAUUAUAGCAUGGCGUUAGCAACGCCAAGGUCAUGGGUUCGAACCCAGGGAUUGUACAUAUACAAAUGUAUAGUAUAAUGCAAUGUAAGUCACUUUGGAUAAAAGCGUCUGCCAAAUGCGUAAAUGUAAAUAUUUCGGGGGUUUUAAUUAGUGGAAUGAUGAUUUUUAUAAAAAUCUUUUUAAAAUGAAUUUGAGGUAAAAAUAACAUUAAAAAUGCUUAUUUUAUAUUUACAUUGAUAAUUCAUGUAAUUGCUACUUUAAGUCCAUCAGAUGUAAAAAAAAAAACCAGAAGCGUCAUUUAUUUUAAAGGUUUUUUUUUUUACUGUUUUUUAAUUAGUGGAAUGAAGUUUUUAAUGAAAAUCAUGUUUUCGUGUGAAUUUUGCGUGAAAACCCCAAAACUGCUGAUUUUACAUCCAAAUAAAUAGAGUAAUUGAGGUCAAAAAUAACAUAAAAAAUCACCAAAUAAAUGCGUAACUUGAAAGAUUUUACAUUUAUUAAAAAUAAAAAAGAUAGUUUUAUGACAUUUAUGUAAAAUAUAAAUGGAAUCACAAAGUGCCCAAAAUUGUCCACUAGCAGUAGAUUAGUGCAGUUGUAAUUAACACCACUUGAAUGUUAAAUGGAAAAGCCACAGAUUUGAGGGAUCCUUCAUAAGUUUAAUACAUAUUUCAGUUAGUUUAAUAGGUUUCUGAAGUGAGCAAAAGCAAAUGUGAUUCUUGCUGUAAAACAACUGCUGCUUGUCUGUGAUUACAACUGUUCAUAUUCUCCGUUUCUUUCCAUCCCAUCUUUGAAUCUUCUUUGAGUCUUUAAAUGUGCUGUCAAAUCUUCUGCCAGUAAUGACCUGCAGCUGCAUUGCAGUAGCUCUGUCUGUCUCUUUAGAUGAAUCAUGCGUUACGUGAGCAGAUAUCUGCUGAUGAAGACCAUGUGAACGCUGGCUUUAUGUUUGCUCAUCAGCGCUGUUGAAUUGGACAUUCAUACCAAAGUAGAAUUCACUGGACUGUGUCCUGUUUUAAAAGCAUUUUUUCUUAAACUAAAAAAUUUGUCCUUAAAGGUUGAUUAUUAAAAAAACAUUAUGCAUUUACAUUUUGGCAAACGGUUUCAUCCAAAGCAACUUACAGUGCUUUCAAAAUAUUGAUUUUAUGUAUUUGAUAAUUGUAUAAUACCCAUUUUAUUCUCUGAAGAGUUGGAUGCAAUCAGUAUUAAAAUGAUGAAUAAUGACAGUAGUCUGGUUCUGUUUAUUGAGAUUGUUCAAUACAAUACCGGGAAAAGCUUAAUUAUGUCCUGUUGCCAUGGUUACCAGGCAAUUAACAAUAACUACAAUUAACUAUAUUGAGUAUAUUGUGUUAGGCCCUCUCACCCAUCAGCUCCCUCCUGUAACCACCUGCUUCCAUGUUGGUAAGUAUUAUUUUCAUCUUUGAAAGGAUACACUUACCUAAAAUCUUCUCACUGGCAUUUUAAUAUCACACGUAAAGAGGGCAGUUUUGGUUCCAGCUCAGAAAUAAAAACAAAAUUCGACCUGCUGUUGCUAGUUUUCUUGCUGAAAAUGUCCCUGAUACCUAAAUGUGUCCAGGGGAAUCACACCUUUUUCUGUCAAAGACUUAUUUUGGGAUUUCUUGUACAGUACUUGUUUGUAAGGGUUGGAGAGGUGUGUUUGGAAAGAUGAGUUAUAAAAGUACAUUUUUAUUCUUCUUCUCUCUCUCUCAGAAUCUCUGCUCAUAAGAGUCUUAUUUCAGCAAGAUGAUAUGCGAUUGGUCCUUUGAUGUCAACUUCAGGCCGUCUCAACAGAGACCGAUGCCAGUUUGAAGAAGCAUUGACUCACAAAGUCAGCUGCAACUUCUGUCUGCUGCAUACACCAUAUUCUUGCCUGAAACCAGAGUAAACCAUAAGAAUCAGAUGUAAGCAUGCACUAUACAAAAGCACAGAUGAUGACACAGCGUUUAGACUUCAAGUCUCUGUCUCUUGCACAAAUCUAAGUUACGUUUCACUUUUUCGGGGUAAAUGCAAACGUCCCCUUUAUCAGUAAAUCAUUCUUUACCCUAAUGCCACAUUGGUGAUGGAGUUGUGAUACCAGUUGUGGUUUAAGCGUUCGCUUAAAAAAGUUAGAAAGUGUUUUGGGGAAACAUCCAUUUGAUGCAAUAUACAAAAUAUAAUUACAUGGCUGAUCGGAUACUAAUAGACAUCAACAAGACAUCUGUUCAAUGUGUGAUUUCAUCUGGAUGUUAUUCUUAGAAUGGUCUGUGCUAAAUAUAUCUGUCAUAUCUUGCUGAAAGGCAUUUUUCACAAAUGCUUUGGUGUCCUUUGUUUUUAAUGUUUAUAUGCUCUCCUACUUUUAAGUCGCUUUGGAUAAAAGCGUCUGCCAAAUGAAUAAAUGUAAAUGUAAAAUAAAUGUAGAAACGCAUUCUGUGUUUGUUGUUUGAGAAUUUGUAGAUUAUGUUAGAUAAAUGAUCUGUCAUAACUUUACCAGAGCCUGUUACCCACUUU